CAAUUCCACAUAAAGUUUUUUUUCGCUCUUAAGUUUCAGUAUUCUGUGCAUUUUCCGUUUGUUUAAAAUACAUUUAUUUAUUGAAUAUUAAAUGUAAUUGAAGCGUCGAACUUUGAAAAUAAUCAGUAAAAUCGGAAAAAACGCAUCGAUAUGUUUAUCUUUCGGUAGUUAAAUUGAGUUUUUGAAAUUUUGCAGCUUUUCGCUUGUUCUUUCUUUUGAUAAUUUGGUGUGUGAUGUGAAUGGAUCCAUUGAAAGGAAAGAAAGAGAGAAAAUAAACGUCGAAAACAGGCACAACACAUAUACUAAAGAUGUGAAAUGGUCGACGAUUUUAGUUGGUGUUUUUUUUUUGUUUUUGAUUGUACUUGGAAUUUUUUUAACAAAUGUUGUCAGCAGGUGGACACUACGUUUUGAAAAAAAAGUCAAGGAGUUAUAUCGAAGAUAUAAAACGAGAUCAAGAUACGGCUUCGAUUUAAAUUUCAAUGAAAAAAACAUCAAACUAUACAAAUGAAUGAGAAAAAGAGUAAUUGCUCGUCGAUAUUGUGAUCUUUGUGCCAUUUACUACAUAAAUUUUGUAAUACCAUGAUAAUAAUUUGUGAAGCUCCGGAAUAUAGAUGAGACAGUUGAAUAUUUUUUGGAACAAUUUUUUGGAAUAUACUGCAUUGUGAAUUAGUUUAAUGUGAAAAUUAGUGAAUCAAGCCUUUAAUUUUCGAUUUUAUCAGGCUGCUGUACCUAUGGUAUCGCACAUAUCAAUUAGUUUUACCUAUUUCGAUGAAUUUAUAAUUUAUACAGAUAAAGGAUAUUUUUAAUAAGAGUGCAACAGACAAACUAAAAUAUUCAAUCAAACGCAUGAAGAAAAUAAAAAAAACGAGAUUUCCGGUGUGCAUGCGACAGGCACUUCGUAAUGAAACCAUCGAAAAAAAACCAUUAAAAGAGGAAUUAAAUGCAUAACAAUAACAAAAUGUGCAAAAAUGACAGAUGAACAUGGAAUGUUAAAAAACGGUAGUAUAGAUAGUGUUGGUAUAGCUGGAAGGGAAUUGAAUUUUGAUUCAACAGAAUCUUCAAGCUCAGCCACAGCAUCAACGACAACAGCUACAACGUCGUCGACAACGACGACGACGACGACAACAACUGCAAGUUCCACAUUACCAAAUAACGAUGGAAACAAUAAUGAAAAUAAUAACAACAGUAAUCGGCAAUCUCAAUCACAAUUGCAUUCACCCAACGAUACAGAAAAUGGCAAUGCGGACAAUUUUAUUAGUAGUGGUUGUACAAGUAACGGCAACUAUAGCAGUGGCACUGGAAACGGAAACAAUUCCAAUAGUAAACAACCAAAUCAUAGCAUAAACUACUCGAAUAGCAAUAACGGGAGUCCACUACAUAAUGCGUGUGGAGGACGACUACAAUUUUUUAAAGAUGGAAAAUUCAUUCUUGAGCUGGCUAGAUCAAAAGAAGGAGACAGGGGAUGGAUUUCUGUACCAAGAAAAACAUAUUGGCCACCAGCUGCUAUUUCACAGAAUAACAUAAACAAUCACAAAAAUGAAAGUUCCACAUCGCUUAGUUUUUCUGAUGACAACAGCUCUAUUCAAUCUUCUCCCUGGCAACGCGACCACAGUUGGAAACAGUUAUCACCUCGUAAAAAUAUUUCGAAAGACUUGCAUUUUUAUUACUAUCGACCGGUAACAGUAAUUCUGAGUGAAACUUCAAAAUUGGUAUCGAAACGUAUUCGACGUCAACCACACGAAAAAAGAAAUUACUCGACGUCUGACUUAUUUACGAACCGAAAUUCACGAAAAAAUUCGGUCAACAAUAAGGCGGAAAAUAUUAACAUUAUUGUUGAUGAUAUUGAUAACAAUAAAUCAGAUGAAUCAGAUAACAAUGCCGAAAAGGCAGAUGGUACCGGAGAUACAGUUGACAGUUCAUUGGGAACUAACGAAAAUAAAUUCAUUAGCGAUGAUGAAAAAAUGGAUUACAAAGUAAGCGAUGGAAGCAAUUCCAAGUCAGACGAAUCAAUAGCACUUAAAGUGCAUAAUGUUGAAAAUUGUCAGAGAAACAAGAGACAAGUGAUGCGUUCAACAAAAUUGAGCGGUGUAAUUGAGAAACUUAUCGCCAAAGUGUUUGAAAAACCAAUGAACGUCACAUCUACUCAAAUUGGGCUCGGUAUUCAAUUUUCAUCUUCAAAUCGAUCGAAUGAAUUGUUUUUUCCACACCAACACGUUUCUCCGCGAAAGCGAAUACUUAGAGAAUUUGAAAAGGUAUCCCUUGAGGAUCGAAAUUCUGCAACGCAAAAAAGAUCUCGAUCUAAGAGCAGUGUAUCAACUGAUUUUGCUAUGAUAAGCAGUUCCAAAGCAUCUGGUGCUAAUUACUCGGUUGUAGUAACACAGCAAACGGCAAAUAUUGCAAUUAACAAUAAAGAGGAAAGCAAUAGAAUAGCAAAUGGAACGCCAUUGAAAAAUUCGAAUUCAAUAGACACUGCAAUAUCGGAAAAACCAUUCAAAAGUUCUCGAACAAUAUCAACAAAUGUAUCAAAAAGUAGUAGUCAUUCCCAUGCAUCAAAUGAGACUUCAUCGCAACCCACAUCAAAACCAAUAAGUAACUACAGUAUUAUAUCGCUCUUGGGGCACAAUAAUAGUGAUGGUAGUAAAAAUGAAGCAAGUGCUGAUGAAAAAGCAAUCAGUGAGAAUAGAGGAUCUCCAAGAUCGCCCAUGUCAUUUAAUCAUCAAAUUUUGUCCAGCGGUCGAUCAACACUUGUCACGAAGAAGAAAUCCCCAACCAACUGUGGAAAUGCAUUAAUCAAUUCACCAACUAAUUAUCGUACUACUCGUUCACCAGAUAUAAAUAGUCCAAGCCCAGGGUUGCAACAAAAUUCACACCACAAUCGAUAUCAUCCAUCUUUGUCGUCACCAACAUCUAGUUUUCAUCCAUAUUUAUCGUCAUCUCGCGCUUCACCAAUAAGCUCGGGCACCUCGGGCACGUUAUCACCAACCGACCUAUACCGUCAUCGAUCGUAUCGUUCAACAGCGUCGCCGAGUACAAUGAGCAAUAGUAGCGUAAGCGGUCUCCAUCAAUAUACAUCUAUAAAUGGUUCACCGACCGCAUUCGCAAAUCGAUACUCACCAUCAACAUACGGUGGUAGCACUAAAACUUCGCCGACACAAUCAUCACAAGCGCACAGUUUAUCGUCGACGUACAAUGUUAGUAAUUUGUUACCACAAACAUGUGAUGUAAAUACUUCUAAUGUCAGCGAAAAUCCACGAUACUCACCAAACACAAAACAUCGAAUGAGCGAUUGGUCACCUGCACGAAAUUCAAAUACGCCAGGACGAAGUAGUCCAUCGAACUACGCAAAUAGUAAUAAUAGUUUAUCGACAACAACGAUUCCCAAAAAGACUGCAUCUAUUCGUCAAAAAUAUGGAUCUCUAAGUCCAAACAAUGGUUUUGCGAGUGGUGAAAAUAUUACUUCAACUAAAAGUGAUUCAAAUGUUACAAAAAAAUUAACAAGUGAAUCUAUUCAAGACUCAAAAAUACUAACGAAACGAUCAAAAUCGCCAGGCGAACUACAUAAGAAGCCUCAAACACAGGAGUUAUAUGAAAAAGAUUUACAAGCCCGAUACAAUGCUGAAAUAGCUGCAAUGCAUCAUCAGUCUUUGAUAGCGUCUGCAUUGCAACAACAAGCAUCAAGUCCAUUUUAUCAUAUGUAUGCAGGAAGUAAUUUACAUGGAUCUAAUAUGCCAUCGAUGUCAGCUGCUGCUGCUGCAGCAUAUAUGAAUCCAUUGUAUUAUCAUCAUCCAGCCAGUGAAAUAUUCCGGAAAUCUCAUCCAUCUGCUACGAUGGAUCUUCUGCAUAAAAAUCUUGUUCCAUCGUGGAUGGAUCCAUAUAAUGCAUCAAUUAUGCAUUAUCCAACAGUUUCUGGCUCAUCAUUAAUGUCGGAUAAACCACCAUUAACAGCAAAAAGUCAAAACGAAAUUCAUUCAAUGUUAAUGUCUCCGUAUAGCUUAGGUAGAUCUGUUCCGGUAAGAGAUCAACAUUCCGUCGCCGAUGUUGAUAUGUGGAAUGCAACCGAUAAUAAAAAAUCUCCUGUUGCAACACCUACAGCCACAUCCGCAUUUCGACGACAACCACAGCAAUUUGGUGAUUGUGAACCAAUCUCACUUAUAAAAAAUGAACCAAGUUCAGACGUUCCAUUAAAUUUAUCAAAGCAUUAAAAGAACUUUCAUGGAGUAGGAGUAAUUAUAAUUUUCAUUUCUGUAUUCUCACAAUUCGUAAGUCAAUAUUAGAUUGAGAAUAACUCAAACUUUGAUUUUAAGUAUCAUUGCGCAAACUAUUUAAUUUAAUCAACGCAUUAUUCUGGAUAUUUUUAUUACUGCGUUUAAGCAACAAAGGCGCACAUUGAUAUAAUUCCAAAUUUAAAUAAAACGCGCAACUUUAUUCAAAUACAUUAAAUGUAUUUGAAAUUAGCUUGAAAUAAAUGGAAGCUUCAUAUAAUAGAUAUACCAUUAAGUGACAAGUUUGGAGCAAUUUUUUUCAAAUCGAUUUGAUUUGUAUAUAAACAUUCGACGUAAGGAAGCAACCUAAGAAAGCCUAUGGAGUUUUAUUAAAUACAAGACUUUCAUUCGAAGCAGGUAUUUUUGUGUUGUACGAAAAGUGGUUGAUCCAAAAUAAAGUUUACACUAAAAAGAUAUUUCAAGUCAAAUAAUAUUUAUAGAGUUUAGUUAAAUUUUCUUCUAAAACUAUUCUAAAGACUGGAAUUAUUUCAUUAUUGAUAAUCAUAUGUCUCAAUCAUAUCGUUAACAUCUAUGAUUGAUAUUACCGCACAUGCAUCCAACACGGACAAAAAGUAAAUUAUGCUUCCGUGAAAGAAUUUUUGUAAAUAUGCAUUGGAUUUUUUGGAAUAUGUUUGAACUUUUCAAUUCGAAUAAAAUCUAAUAGAUUUUUUGAAAAAAAAAAAAAAAAAAA